AUGGGAAGCGAGACCAACGAGAAGCCGUUCAAUGCACGUCAGACAGGCAAGACGAUGGCUAAGUAUGCCGGCUGGUGGUCGUCGAUCAUCCGUUACGUUUGGCGGACCCAUGAGUUGGAGGUCAUGAAAGCCCAGGAAACAGAGGCCGAUGCGCAAGAGAAUCGAGACGGUGAAUCGAAGGGAGUCAGGGGACAGAGGCCGCCGUAUCGCUUGACAGCAAGCCAAAUCGUGUGGUUGUGGAAGAUCAAGCAAGUCGCAGGCGAGGACGAGGAAGGAGCCGAAGACGGAAGCCGGCACCAACCAACCGAAGGCGGAGAGGAAGACGUAGAGAGCGAAGAGGAUAUAGACGAAGAGAAGGAAGGGCUGUUGGAGGAUCAUCUUUUGGGGCUUUUGUUAUCGUUGUUGGACCAUCAUUUGAAAGACGACGAGUACAAGAGCGCGUUGGUCAGCGCCACAGCAGUAAUGGGAGUAGACGGCGAUCGUGGGUGGAAGGACCCGCUGGUGUACACGCCCAUCAUUUCCGCCGUCGUUACCGUUGCAAGGAUGUUGGUGUUGUAUACGGCGGUGAAGACGCGUCAAGACCGCGUGACCGAGAUCAUGGAGAAGGAGGGUUUCUCCGACCAGGACGCCGAUGAGUUGGCC